AUUCAGCUGUAAAUUGUUGUCCAGAACGGAACAGAAGCAACACUUUGUCAGAUGGUUAGGAUAAGCAGGGGCUUGUUUUUGGUCGGAUUUCAAAUUGUAUGUCAGUCACCAGUCCUCGGCAUUGAUAUAUUUAAACGACUACACUUUUUAUUGUAAAAAUAUCUCUUUUGAGAUUAAAAAAAAACGUGAUUUGAAUGCGAGUCAAUGAAGGUUUCUGAGCCUCCAUGCGCCCCCUGGAGGAAGAAUCCAUGUUGUCUCUUAGAAAACGGAGGACUUUAUUUACACAAGACAAUGUUUUAUCCAUUAGUCUUCAUUUCAUUUUCAAAAUAAGCUGCUAAAUGGUUUAUUAAUCAUGUUUUGUAUUUAUUUUGCAGGUUCUAGCAGUGAAUGUUAUUUUUACUAAUCCACAUCACACAUGUAGACAGAAGCUGUAAAUUAUUCACAUUCUGUCAUAAAUAUAAAAAGUGCACUAAAAGCUUGAUUUAAAGGUUCAUUCAAGGAACACUACGUAACAUUUAAUUGUUCAAAUUUUCAACAAUCAUCAAGUAUAUCAUCAGUUGAAUAAGUCAUGUACCAACUGAUUUUAUUCUGUCCAUUUUUGUUAUGCUGGCCAAAAGUCUCUUCACAUCCUGAUAGCAAUCACUAAGUUAAGUGGUCUAAAUCUAUUUAUAUGUAUAUAUAUUGUCUGUGGGAGGCGUAAGACCAUAAAAUGUUUCUCCAAUCAUUGCAUUCGGUCCAAAUACAAAGUUACGAUGUCCUAUCUGCUUGUCAAUUUUCAUACCUCCGCGCACCUAGCUCACGCAGACAUCACAUGUCAUGAGUGUGUUUCAUGCAACCUAAACAGCAACCACCUUUUACAGUUCCUCCUAAACCAAAAUAACAAGCUUAUGCUGCAUUCAUGCCAUAACUACUGUAAUUUGGAAGAGAUGGAAACCUGUGACGUUAUACUCGGAACAGUUUGUGACUCGAAUUUAUGCGUUUCAAUGGCAACACUAUCAAUGCCAAAAUGAAUCUGCAGCAGUCAGGUGGUACAGGUUAUGUGCUUUGAGACGAGGUACUUUAGUUUAAUGUUACAUUUUUCCCAAAUAAACCAUAAGUUUAUAACGGUUUGUUGCAUACAUUUAAUUGGCUGCUGUGCCAGUCUAAUAUUAUAUAUUAUUAACAUUGUUUGUGAUAGUGGGUUCCCACCAUCGCUGUUCACUGUCAGUGAUGAGUGAUGCGGAAGUGUCUUUUUUUUCUAAUUUGCUUUGGUCUUGUCAUGAUGUGUCGGCUUACAUUACAUUUUGUUAGUUUUGUGUGCCAUAUGUUUUGCAACCUGGUCAGUUGUCACCAUAUUCUGCUGAAGUGCACACUGAUUGUGUGAUGAUGAAUUAUUUGUAAUGAGGAUUUGCAUUUUAUGACAUUUUUGUUUUAUUUUGGUGAUAACUCUCACACUCACUGUGCUGUUUGCUUGUUUGCAUUUCUUGAUAAAGAAACGUAUGCAGUACUUUCGAAGAGGACACAGUAAGCUAGGCUCUGGCACUCCACUAGUCCAGGUCCAAGAGGAGGUCAUUUCCCUGGUGGAGUGGGUCAUUAAGUACUGGGUUUCAUUUUGUAACACAGAAAUAAAUUAGUAUUCAUUGUAUUGUAUUCAACAGUGUUUAAAUAAGGCAUAGGUUCGGCUCUAGGAGGAUUUAAAAAAUAGAUGGUUGGGCCAAUUAACAGCCAGCGAUUUUAUUACAAAUAAUAAUAAUAAAAAAAAAAUGAAUAAACAAUUUCCACAAUUUAAUGAGUACACAAUGGUCUGGUUCCCACUCAACACCACGAAAAAAAGAAAAAAAAUUCUGUAAUUCUCAAAUGUCAAUGUGUAAAGACCUUUUAUGUUAUUUUCUACCCUGGUAGUGUGUGUGUACUAAACUCUCAAGUUCAACGGAUCCGUGUAGAAUCACAAUGACUCUUUUGAAUCACAGAUCAGUGUGACUCAUGUGACAACAUGAACAUGAGCACACUUGACCACAUAAAAGUGUAUAAAUAUAUGACGCAUCUUAUUGUACAUCUUUUUCACUCGUAUACUCACGGAUGUUGCAAUCAUUCACCCGUAAACAAAUUAAUGUUGUACACAAGUUAACUAACAAUUUGACCUCCUGAACAUACAAAUACAUUCUUAAACAUAAUAUAUAACUCUGAUUUUUUUUUUUUUUUUUUGACCUUUUCCCCCGGUUUCACAGACAAGGCUUAAGCUAGUCCUGGAUUCCAGCUGACCGCAUUACAUAUCGCUGCGCCACUGAGUGUGUAUGUUGCUGCUAGCAACCACUCUUAGCAACGUAAACAUAUGUUUGUUCUCUAUUGAUUUUGUUCAUUGAAGCUUACUGCAUUUUAUACUACGGGGCUGUUGAAUGCUCGAAUCUGAUUGGUUGAUCAAUGUUCUAAGGCAGGGAUUCCCAAAGUGUACGCGAGCUGCCACCAGGGGGUGCGCGAGAGGAAAAAUGUAAUGGCGGUCUGUUUUUUUAAGUGGGAUUUUUCCAUACAAUAAAAAAACAUGAACAGUAAACAUUUCCUUUGUAAUCGCUUUUAUUUUAAAUAAAAAACUAUAAUUGAUUAGUUUUGGAUAGAAACGUAGAAGAAGACAGCUACUGUCUUCUUCUACGCACUGCUCUUCUUUUAUGCACUGCAGGCUAGGCUAUAUGCGUGCCAACUCGUUUCAUUCAUUCCAUAUAUAUAUUAUAAAUAUGCUUAACUGGCUGAAAUCAGGGAAACUGUCGAGUGGGACGUCUUAUGAUAAAGUUGUUAGUCACGAAGGAGGAGAGGGACCAAGAGAGAGUGAGGAUUUGGAGGCAACAGAGACGGAGAGAAUAGAGAAAAGAAAAUGAGCGGGAGUCAGAAGAUGCGCCGGAGGAAACCGAAGAGGAGGGAAGGAGAUGGCAAAAAAGAGGUGAUGAGGGUGAAAAUAAUCGUGCUUUCUGUUACUGAGCCUGUGUCUGUCACUCGUCCUCUUAAAAGUGGAAGCUUGUGCGUAGCUUUGUUGCAUUAUAUUGAAACUUUGUUGAUGUUGUUAUUGUCAUGCGUUUUCUGGUUAUUUGUUAUAGUCUUUAUAUGGCGAUAAAACAAAGCUUUGUUGCGUUUUUUUUUUGAAGUGGGGAUUGGGGGUGCGCCAACCCGGUUGGGACAUAGAAGGGGGUGCGCAGGAAAAAAAGUUUGGGAACCGCUGUUCUAAGGUAUGCAAUUAUUUUCAGGGAAACGCACGCCUAUUAGGCGUCGCCUAAAGUAGUUCUAGGCAGGUCUCGACCGCAUUACACUUCGCCAAAUGAUUUCGGUUAUUUCAAAAGGUACUUACAGCCUACAACCGCAAAAGAAACGAAACUCACAACGACACCUACCAAGCAAAUAAAUAUAGUAAACUAUAUGAUGAAAACGACAAAUUAGUGUCAUGGUUUUUGCCACAAAAUACGUUUUAUUGUGUCCUGAAAGCGCACUCUCUCUCUCGCUUUCAAACGUACACACGUACUGUAUAACGUUAGUACGGACACACACUCGCACAAGAAACGUUUUGUCAGCGCUGCUCUGGCGAAUUAAUCAGUAAAAUGACUUACCAGCGAGGUAAUAACUGUGAUUCUUGAGGUAGAUAAACUUAUAGUUUCGUUCCGCUAUUAGUAGACUGCUGCCAUUAGAGAGGCACAGACACUCAGGUAGACUAAUUCACAUAUGCUCAUUAUCUCUCUCUUUCUCUCUCUCUCGUUCUCUGUCUCUCUCUCAAGUGCAUUAAUAACUGUAUCAACGGUAUUAUUCUGCUAUCAAGGCUCAAGACUCCGUUACUAGUUCUGAAAUUACGUUUUCGAAUUAGCAAUGAGAUGCGUAAGAAAUUAGUCACACACACACGAGUGUUUUAAGGACAAAAACCUGACAAAUGUCUUGAAAUACACCAUCGAAACAGUGUCUUGAGGUAUGGUAACCAUAGUAUAAGCUGAAUAAUUGACUGCAUUUUUAGACAGUAAUGCACACCCGAGGUGUAACGGCCACGAUGCGCCUCGGGUGUGCAUUAUUUUUUAAGAAUUCAAUGGCCCGUCGUCAAUUAUUCCUUACAUGUAGAGAAGUAUUGUGAGAGAGAUAUCGAGUGACCGAGUGUAUUACCUGCAUUCAAAUUUAGUAUUUUCCUUCAGGUCAGUCCUAUGUUCAUAAUAAAAAAUCCAUUUGAACGUCCGCUGCGGUCUUGUCCUUGUUUUCCCAUGCUCUGCUGACACUGACAGCGCUAGUCAAAGCAUUUGUGUCUUGUUCCGUAUUCACAACAAGUUUCAAUAUAAAAAAGUAUUUGCGACUGCAGUGACUCUGACUGAGUGACAAACUCAUAAAGACAAUCUUUUGCCAUCUAAUGGCGUAAUAAAUGUAACUUCUGUUGCUGUUCACGGUCAGAAACUAUUUUUUCCAGCGGAAGAAUAAUGAUUUUACUUAAUGAAAGUUGCAUUAAUACAUAUUUUUUGCCUUUAAUAUUUGUAUUGUGUGGUAACCGUUUUAUAAAAGCAAUAACAGUAUAACAACGCCCCUUAUCUGUUAUAAAUUCACUGUAAACCACGGCUUCUUGGGGCUUAUUGCUUUAUUUGAGCUGUUUUAACUGAAAGCAACUUGUACUGACAUAUCUUAAAAUACGUCACUGUGUCUCAAGAUGCACACCAGUAAUGUUUUUUCUAGUGUACGUUCAUAAAAGACACUUGAAUAUCCUAAUUGAACUAAGGCCUAAUCCUGGCUUAGGCUAAGCCCUGUCUGUGAAACCGGGCCAUAGAGAAAGAUGAAUGUCAAUUAGUUCAAAGUAAUGCAAAAAUUAGCGAAACUCACCAGAGUUCUCGUAAAAGAGAAACCUGUAAUCAAAAGCAUUGACCGGUUCAGUGACAGGAUGAAUUGACAACCUGAACAAUUAAUAAGAGUCUUAAUAAAAGAAAAUACACAUGAAGUGAAGAAAACGCAAAGUUAACUUGUAGUACUGCAACAAUAAGUUUACUAUAGGACUAAAAAAAAAGAAAAAUAUCAAUGUACAACUCAAAGGGGUUACUUUUUUUUUUAAUGGCUGCUGCAUGAUUUCUUCAUUCAUACUUUAAAAUAACCAAAAUAAUUUUUCUAAGAGAACCAGCUAAGAGCAGCAGCUAAUAUCGUCUUUGUUCAGAAUGGCACACUUGCUUUCAGCUUAGUUACAGCAUACUUCACAUUUUACUUUUAUACUUUUAAAAAAUUACAAGACAUAUUUUCUUUUUGUUUUAUGUAUAAAACAGAUUAGUUUUUCCUCCAGUGGAGUUGUGACACUAAAUGGAAACAGACCAUUCAAGCUUCCAGCUACCACAGGUCCUGUGAGAAUCUUCCAGCCCUCCUCCUCCUACAUUAUUGCUGAUUUGAAGAGUCUUCGUCUAGAGAUCCAGUUGGCUCCAGUAAUGCAGUUGUAUAUUGUAGCCAGCACUGAAGAGAAAGGGAAAAUGAGUGGUCUGUGUGUAAACUAUAAUAACAUCCAAACAGAUGACUUUAAAACGGAAUUGGGCAUUACAGAGGGCACAUCAACAACCUUUGUCAACUUUUGGAAGAAAAACUCAUACAGCUGUCCAGAUCUUGCAAACACAUUUGACAACCCCUGUAGCCUGCAUUCAGAGACAGAGAAACUUGCUGAAGACUGGUGUUCCCCUCUUAAAAACCCGAACGGAGUCUUUUCACCAUGUCAGUCAGAAAUAUGUCCUGAGACUUACUACCAAGUGAGUCUUAAUGCACAUAAUGAUACGCACAUGCACAAACGGGAUUUGGAUUUGUACAAAAAAGAAAAGCAACGGCACCUGUACCAUCUACGGUGAAGGUCAUUUCAAGACUUUUGAUGGCAAGAGAUAUUCCUUCCACAGAGACUGUGAACACACCUUGGCCCAUGAUUAUUGCAAUAUGGACCAGACUCUCUCCUUCCGCCUUGUCUGAGAACAAACUCUGUGAGACCGCCAACACCAUCUGCAAGUCAAUCAGUCUCAUCUUUGGGGAUGUUUUCCUCAGUGCCCUUCAGACACUCCAUAUCUAUUGGAUGAAACCAUGACUUGUGUUAAACAAUGUAACUGUACCUAUAACAAUAAGCAGUUUCCUGCUGGAUCAACAGUGUACACCUCAUAUGAGAAUGGUACAUGUUCCACAGCUGUAUGUAAGGAAAAUGGAGAAAUAAGCUUUAAAAUUACUGAUUAUUGUUCUACAACAACUACUACAAUGACAAGCACAACUACUACAGUACCUACUACCACUAUUACUGUAACACCACCAUCUACAAUCACAGAAACAUUUACUAUUACUGUAACACCACCAUCUACAACAACAGAAACACCAUUUACUACUACACCAACUACACCAAUUAGAACACCUUUCUGCAAGUGGUCAGAGUGGUUUGACAACAGCCAACCCAGCACAGAUGUCGAUGGAAAGGAAAUUGAAUCCAUCAGUACAUUGUGGAAAUUGGAGAAAAUAUCCUGUGAGAGACCAGACAAAAUUGAAUGCAUGACAAAUUAUGAUGAUAAAAACAUCACAGGCGAGAACUGGAAGCAUGAUCAAGUUGUGUCGUGCAAUACAUCUUUUGGACUGUUAUGUUCAAACAUAGAAAAUUCAUAUGAAAAAUGCUAUAAUCAUCUAAUACGUGUAUUGUGUUGCAACAUACCAUCUACAUCCACUACAAUUUCUACUGCAACAACAACAACUACUGUAACACCACCAUCUACAACAACAGAAACCUAUACUAUCACUACUACCGUAACACCACCAUCUACAACAACAGAAAUAUUUACUACCACUACGACAACAGAAACAUCUACUCCCACUACUACUGUAACACCACCAUCUACAACAACAAAAACAUCUGGGACCACCCCCACAACUUCUGUAACAACAACUACCACAUGUUACUGCACAUACGGCAAUGUAACAUACCCAGCAGGUUCAACAGUCUACCCUCAACAGGACGACUGCUUUACUGCUUACUGCAACUCCUCUUGCCAUAUUGUAAAAAAGAUUCGAUUCAACAAUAAGAGAAGCUAAAGACAAUCCUCACAUACUAUUCUUUUUAUUGUUUCAGUGUAUAACUAGUAUAAAUAACUAAUUUCUAAUAAAUAAUUUAAUAAUAUUUUGUAUUAUUGUACUACUUUGUAGGUAAAAAAAAAGACCUGAAAUGAAUUAUGACCCUGUUUUUUAACCUUUGUUCAUCAUUAUUAUUGAACUCUUUUAUUUUUAACAGACAGACACGUGCACUAUCAGAACAUGCAAAGAUGGAAAAGUCAUCUCAGAACCUGUACAUUGUGACCCAAUAAUUGAAAAUCCUAAAUGUGUUAAUGGCAUUCCAUCUGUGAAGGUGUAUUAUAACAAUGGAUGCUGCUAUAAGUAUAAGUGUUUCUGCAAGACCUGGGGUGACCCUCAUUACGGAACUUUUGAUGGACAAUAUUAUGCUUUUCAAGGAAACUGCACUUAUGUUUUGUUCGAAGAAAUCAUCCCAAAAUACAAUAUCAGUGUCCAUGCUAAAAACUAUUAUUGUAAUCCUACAAAACAUCUUGCUUGCCCUGAGUAUGUGAUUGUGUAUUACAAAAACUACAAAAUCAAGAUGACAAGUGACAAUAAUAAAGUGGUUCAUGUCUAUGUUAAUGAUGUCGAGAAGAUGCCAACAUACAUAAUUGAUAACAGCAUCAUCAUCACCAGUACUGGCAUGAAAGUGAGACUGAACAUCUCUGAAAUCCAAACUGAGAUUACAGUCAGUGCUUUAAACAUCGAAAUCAAACUCCCAUUCUCCUACUUCCAUCAUAAUACUCGGGGGCAAUGUGGGUAUUGUGACAACAGCACCAUAGACGACUGCAGACUUCCUAAUGGAACAAUCGACAAAUCAUGUGAGCACAUGGCACAGUUUUGGAUGGUCCCCCCAGGAUGUGAUUACCUCCUCCUUCUCCUCCUCCUACAGGACCAACUCCAACUAUACCUCCAACCAUUACUAUCUGUGAAAUCCUCAAGAGCAAUCUGUUUAACAGCUGCCAUACAGGAUGCCGUUCCCUAUAAGGAAUAUUAUGUGGCAUGUGAAUAUGAUGUAUCCAGAAUGGGAAAUGAGUCUCCUGCCUGCGCUAGUCUAGAGGCCUAUGCACAGCUAUGUGGAGAGACGUCUAUCUGUGUGGACUGGAGAAACUCCCCUAUUCUCAAAGGGCUAUGUGAAUAUAAGUGCCCCAGUAACAAAGUCUACAAGGCAUGCGGACCUAAAGUGGAAAAAUCCUGCAGUACAUCGUACAAUGCUAUGUAUGGGGAGAAUGAAUGCAAAGAUUGUAACCAAACUGUUACCGAAGGUUGUUACUGUCCUGAUGGCCAAUAUCGGGUUAAUAUGACAUCAAAUCUGUGUACAGCUUACUGCGAUUGCAUUGACCCUGAUGGAUUACCUAAAAAGGCUGGGGACACAUGGACAUUUGAUUGUCACACAUAUAAUUGCAGUACUUCUGGCAUGCCUUUGAAAGAGCUUAUAAAGUGUCCAACUGAGAUGCCCUGUGGUGACGGAUACAAAAGCACAGUUAUAAACUGCUGUUCAACUUGUGGGGAGUUAAGGAUUGAUCAAGAGUCAGAUGGCUGAUACAGGGUUUCCUCUUGAUUCAAGAUUUAAAAAUGUGUUUGACAGACUCUCAGCAGUGACUAUGAAUACAGUAAAAGUUGUUAGUAAUUGCUCACAUGGUGCAUGGGCAAGAACAACAAGGAAUUCAAAACACACAUGCACUUUAAAUGGCUCACCUGGUGCACCUCAGCCAUAUCACCCUGUUGCCCUGGUUACUUGCCAUAAAAUUAAUGGCUUGUUUGUGAUUAAGAACAACAUCACAGAAUGAAGUUCAAGUGAUUGUAAUCCUGGGUUUGAAUAUGUGAAAAAAGAAGGAGAGUGCUGUGGAUCAUGUACACAAGUGGACUGUAUUUAUGAUGCCCCAGACAACACCAGACAGACUCUCAAGGUUGGAGAAGUCCACAGUUACACAUGUGAAAAUGUUACCUGUCGUGAAAUCAAUGGCUCACUUAUGACUGACAGGAGCACUGAGAAGUGCUCUUAUUUGAGUUCAAGUGACUGUGAUCCUUGCUUUGAAUAUGUGAAACAAGAAGGAGCGCGCGGUGGAUCAUGUCAACAAAAAUGCUGUAUUUAUAAUGCGCCAGACAACACCAGACAUACUCUCCAGGAUCGAGAGGCGUACAAGUUCAAAUGUACGACUGGUACCUGCAUUAAAGCGAAUGGCUCGUUUGUGGUUGUGGAGAGCAUUAAAACAUGCCCCGACUUUAAUCCAGAGGACUGUGUGCCUGGACCAACCCAAUUUGACAUAGAUGGAUGUUGCAGGAUCUGUGAACCCAAGAACUGUGUUCUUGAGAAGAACAUCACCCGUCUGCAUGUCAAUGGUUGCACUUCCAUCGAGAAAGUAGAAGUUACUUCCUGCAUUGGCCACUGUGACAGCAAAUCAAUGUAUUCGAUGGACAUGAACGAUAUGACGCACAGCUGUUCUUGCUGCAAGGAGGGUAAAUUCAGCAAUAGAAAUGUGACGCUGAUGUGUGCCAAUGGCAGCGAGAUCUCUCAUGACUACAAGUACAUAGAGACCUGCAAAUGCACUACAAUUGAGUGCGAAAACAAGAAGAAGAAGAAAAAAAAAGAAAAGAAUAAAAGGUCCUCCUUACUGCUGAUUUGAACAUGACUGAGAAAUCUGAAAAAUGUUAAAACAUAUAUAUAUAUAUAUCCGAAAAUGACAGUAGUUAUGAUUUAAGCUGAUUGUUGCAGUGCAUUAAUGGCUAAAUUUAUUUUUUCUUUGUAGUUUAAUGCAGGGGCAUGGUUAACUCUAAGCAUAAUCUAUUUUGUUAUGUCUUGAAGGGGAUCCUGGGCUUUUUAUUUUUUCUUUUAUUUGUUACAUUCUCUGGUAAUGCAUGCUAUAAUAACGUCCUGUACUUUUCCUUCCAAUGAAAUGAAUUAAAAUCACAAUAAAGCAUAAUAAAGAGCAUCAA